AUGAAACUGAGAGAAGGGCUCGACGGCCACUGUCCUGUGAAGAAGAUUUCUGUAAUGCCGCCAGAGUGCCGACAACCCAAGCUUUAUCGGGUGUGGCGCCGCCCGCAUGGCGGUUGUCAAAGAAAACAUCCGAAUGCAAGUGCUGCUGAACAGUACCAGCGGAAAGGCGAACAGUUGAAAGAGGGCACCCACCCUUCCCGCCCCGCUGACCCUUGCGAAACGGAGCGUUUUGUGAAGGGGCCAGUCGCCAAUGGGACUAUCCAGGAGACGGAAACCCCAUCUCAGAAGCAGGGGGAGAGCACCGAAAGCAGCACCAUGGUGCCAGAAAGUCACAAGCUGAGCGUUCGAUUCUCGCCGAACGUCUCUCUAGCGUCUUUGCCCUCGGCAGCUCGAACGCCCAGUAUACCUCGAGGCAGUCUGAGCCACAGCCAGAAGUUGCAGUGCAAUGAGUGGAUUUCAAAACGUAAUCUCAAGGUGGAAAGGGAGCUCUUCGCUAAGACCGUGUGGAGCCCUUGGAAAGCCGUUAGCAGCCUUGCAGACUCGCCAGUUCAUCACGUGCAGGAUGUGAAGAGCGCAAGCAAACGCAGCACUGGAAGCCCGGAAGGCAAGAACAGCAGCAAGUCACUAGAGCCUGCAACUAUCCAGACAGGAGCAUCAUCAGGUGCAGCUUGA